UUUUGUUUCUGAAGAUUCAGUUUUAAAUUUAUGGCAUAGUAGACUUGGCCAUGCAGCCAGUGAUGUAAUCAAGAGGGUUUUGGUGAACUUUGAGCCACUUCUUGCUUUUAAUAAAGAACUUGAACCUUGUGCUGCUUGCUUGCAAUCAAAGAGUCAUAGACUCCCUUUUAAUGAAUUUGUUACCUCUUAUUCUGCUCCUUUUCAAUUGGUGUGCACAGAUCUUUGGGGCCCUUCACCUAUCAAGUCCCAAGGUGGUUAUAGUUACUACAUGAGUCUG